CGAUUAGCCCUAAAAUGUUAGUAGCAGGGGAUUCUGGGAGUUAGUAGCAGGGAAUUCUGGUAGUGAGGGAGCGGGACCGGGCAUGGAUGUAAGGAGGUCAUCGGUCAGCAGGUUAUUUCCCCAGAAGAGGCUUCAGCGGGCAGCUGCGAUCCGAAGCUCCCUCUCCUGGCGUCUGGUUCUUCCUUCACACACACCUUAUCGCAUCCACUCACGUUUCCAUUUCCAGGACCUUGAGGUUUGAGCAUGGCAGAAGGAAACACCCUGAUAUCAGUGGAUUAUGAAAUUUUUGGGAAGGUGCAAGGGGUGUUUUUCCGUAAGCAUACUCAGGCUGAGGGUAAAAAGCUGGGAUUGGUAGGCUGGGUCCAGAACACUGACCGGGGCACAGUGCAAGGACAAUUGCAAGGUCCCAUCUCCAAGGUGCGUCAUAUGCAGGAAUGGCUUGAAACAAGAGGAAGUCCUAAAUCACACAUCGACAAAGCAAACUUCAACAAUGAAAAAGUCAUCUUAAAGUUGGAUUACUCAGACUUCCAAAUUGUAAAAUAAUGGUCUGAAUUUAAGUUUUCUAAGAUAAACUCAGUGGUUUGGUUUUUAUUAUUAAUAGAGAUAGAACUAUUGUGUGUUAAUAUUAGCAUUAGUCAAUAAGUUAUUUUAAUGUCAGAUUUUUGAAUGUUAUUAUAUAUUACCUGUAUGAUGGAAGGAUUACCGCUGUACACAAAUCUAAUCAAUAAAAACGUUAGAACCUUC